GGUCAAUCGGGUCGCUGGUAGUAACAUGCCGGGUAUGCAGGUCCCGGGCCAGCACCUCCAAUCGCAAGACUAUCAAGGCCAGCAGCAAAUGAAUCAGCCGUAUCAGCAACAGAAUCAACCGUAUCAGCAGCAGCAAAUGGGCCAACAGCCGAAUCAGGGAUACCCGCCGCAACCGACGCAACAGUUCCAACAACCGCAGUCGCAGCAGCAAAUGGGCCAGCCGUUCGCGCAGCAGAACCAGCCGAUCGGCCUCGGGAUGCAAAUGGGCGGUCCUCAGGGCGCCAGCAAACCCAUGAGAGGGAUACCGGCGGUGCUGCCGACGGCGCAGUCCAAGACGCAGCCUACGAUGCAGCAGCAGCAGCAGCCGCAGCAGCAGAGCACCGGGCCGAAUCUGAUGCAGAAGUUCACCGAAAUGGCGGGCGCGAGUGCGGGCGGCGAUAUACUCUCCAAAGGGAAGGAGCUGAUCUUUAUGAAGUUCGGAUUGGGCAAGUGAGGAGGAGCGAUCGCUGACGACGUGACGAUGACGGUGACGAUGAUGGUAACGACGACGCGUUGUCGCGAUCGUUUCCUCCUCGUUCUCCUCGCGCUCGGCGUCCGCGUGCGCGCGAGCAAAUCAAUCUCGUCGAUCGCGAGCUGUGUGCGAAUCAGUAUUACGACGCGUACGUCGUUCGACGACGGCGAAAAACGCGCAACGAGAGAACGCGAUUUCACCGGACGUUGUUGCUGAAAGACAAAGAGGAUAAGGCGAGAAAGAGUGUGCCGCCAUUGCUGCUGCUGCUGUUACUGCUAUCGUUGCUACUCGCUACUAAAUAAUUGUUACCUACAGCAAAGUAAAGAGAAAAAAAACCGUCGCUGGACGAAUAUAAAAUCAAGGAUGAGCCUCGCGAUUAAAGGAAGGGGGAAAGAACGUUCGGUGGGGACUGCUCGAGACGAGAAGAAAGGGUGAUCCACGCCGAGAAUUGUCUUGACGAUUCCACCGAUCGAGAAAAAACAAGAGAUACGUACAAGAUUCAUCGAAUUUCUUCUCAAUCCUCCUUUUUCCGAAAUCUUCUUCUGCUACUUCGUCUUUUUCUUCGCGCGACGGUAGGAUCCUCGAUCGGUGCUGCGCGGUCCGUUGAAGAGAGAGAUACAUGUCGAUAUGCUCGUCCGUGUCGCGGAAUCUCCUAAAACAUACACGAGAUAAUCAAUCACGGAAUGAAAUAUAUUUCUGCGAAAAUAUAUUUCGAGCGACGGCGCACCAAGUCAUGUAAAUCGCGUAUCUCGUACGCGACUGUUUCUUCCAAAAUCUCUCUUCGUCCUCUUUGCGUUAUUCGGAGCGCCAUUCGGUUCUCAGAGUAAAAUAAAAAUAUAAAAAAAAAGAGAGAGAAAUCUUCGUUGCGAUGCGGAUUGUAUCGAGUGUGCGUAAAAGAGAGAGAAGUAACCCGCGUUAACGUGAAGUCCGUACACGCAAAAACCGAGUCACUGGCAGAGCGAAGCUGGAACAAGGCCGACGUCGAAUCUUUCGUCGCGUGGACGGAAGAGAGAGAGACAGAGGCCAACCUACCUAAGGGAUAAUCAUAUCGCCGUAUAGGAGUGAGGACGCGACAAACAACGUGGGUGUGCCUUGGGAGAACCGUCUCACCCAGCAGCAACCAAUGAUCAUAUCUCUAAUCGAUAAUUCUCUAGCUAUUUUUUCUUUCUCUCGUGGAAAUUGAGCGCGCUAUAUCGAGAGAGCCGUAGCGGCGCGUACACGAUGACGAUCUCUCGUCUUGACAAUUUUCUCUUGUUCCCGUAUGCAUGUGCGUGUGUGUGUGCGUGUGUCUGUGCGUAAGUGAGACUGGACGCCCCCUUAUUUUUUUCCCUCCUCUUCGCAUAUUCCCUUACUUUAUCCCGUGUCCUUCGCUUUUAUUCUAGCCCGAAUGGACUUGCGCGCGGAUGGAAUCGUCGCGUCCGAACCGCGAGAGAUAGAGAAAGAGAGAUCUUCGUGUUUUCGGCCACUCGGAUGAAUCUCGGGAUCGGGAUCGCCUGUUCGGAUCGGGAGAGAAUCGGAAACGAAUCCAAGACGAUGCCCGGGGAUGAACGGCGACGUGGCCAUUUAUCGUCGGACUUGUCUUGAACGAGUCGCACGCAGUACGGAGACACCAAUGAAACGCAGACACGAGACGCUACGAUCCUUCGAUCGGGGCGGGCGAAUUGGCCGCGUAUCAAACGACAACUAUAUAUCACAACUAUGUGUGUAUGAGAGGGAGAGAGAGAGAGAGAGAUAAACGAGAUGGAACGGGAGAUCAUAGCGUAUUAAAUGGUAACGGGAUAUACAUAUAUACAUAUGCAUAUACAGAUAUACAUAUAUAUACAUAUAUUAUAUUUAACUAUUGCAAAGUGUUGUUACAUCGCUACUUGUAUCGUAUUUUGUACAAAGUAUCUUUACCUUCGAUUGUUUUCUUUCGCCAAGAUAUCUUUAGCAAAAAAAAAAUAUAUAUGGCGGAGGAAGAGCGACAAAUCUUUUCCGGAUCCACUAUCGAAUCAUUCAACAGCAUCAUCAUCGUCAUCGUCGUCAUCGUCAUCACAUUAGUAUCAACGUCACGCCAUUAACGCAAUCUUGUACUUAAUUGUUACUACUCGCGCCUGUCCUGUGUGUGUACUCGCUUUUUGUAUGUUUUUUCGGCGACGAUGAAUAUAUAGCGAGACAAGCUCGAGAUUUUGAGGAGAAGGGAGCACCGCGGUAAGGAGGUAAUCACUUUCGUCGAGAAAUGAAGCAAUUUCUAGAAAAAAAAAAACCCAAGAUCGCGAUACAAUCCUUUCACCCCUAUCAGGGCAUGCGUGUCCCACUGCAGCUUUAAUGAUUUCUUGGAGGACAAUAUAACUCGUAAUAUAAUGAUGUUGCAACUACACUUUGUUAGAGUUUAGAAUGUAUUCUAAGGUGGGAGAGAAAGGGUUAAUAUUGCGAUGUUUAGGAAAAAGAUAAUAAAAGUAACGUUAACCUUCUAACAUAAACGGAACAAUAUUAAUGAGACGCAUAAUAGGAACAUCAUGUAUACGUCAUUUAUGGACCAAAAAAAAACUAACGAAAAACUAACGUUAAAGAAAAGUCGAAAUUCACUAAAUGAAAUAAUCAAAUAGCACGUUUUUCGUUUAUCGCGUCCGCGAUAGAUAUCUUACGAAUUAACAACAAUUUAUUGUCGAUUAGAGUUUUCCAUGCGCAAACUGUUAAGACUGGAGUGAAACGAUUAUCGGGAAUUAUCAUUUAAAUGAUAAGACCGUAAAAAGCGCUGUAAAUAUUAAGAUACGUAUAUAGAAAUUAAUUGCGAGAGACGGAUGUAUCUCCCUGACGCGGUGCUUCCGCUUCGCACGAGCUUACGGAUGAACGAUUAUAUGCUUGCAUGGGGUGAAUCUGUCUGAAUCAAAAGUAGACAGAAGACGACGGUAUUCGAAUGUCGAAGCAUCUGUUGCUUUUACUUUUUUCAUUUUAUUGCUGCCUUGUCGCGCGUGAUAGUAUGAUAGAACAAAAUAAUACUCGGCUUCGAACGUGCGUCGGUCGAUCGUACAGAUCCGGUUGUGUAGCAUCGCACGAUCGAGCGAGAGACGCGAGAGAGAGAGAUCCGUCGCUUUCUCUGCGACUGUUCGCGUGGAAUAAAUCCGCGAAGAUAAUCGAUGCACCAUACGUAAUGAUUUGCAACGGCGGGAGCUCCGCUUGCACAGUUAUUUUCAUCGCGUUGUAUUUUUCAAUUAGAGAUUGUACAUAAACAUUUUAAAGCGAAAGAGAGAGAGAGAGAGAAUAUUAAUUCUCGUUUACGGAACUACACGACUGGACGAUUCUCGGGUAGUAACCGAGUGGAAAGUGAUAAACGACAUUAUUUAUUAGAGACACGUGUCCCCUUUCGCGGCUUCUUCUGCGGCUUUUCGUUCAUUGUUCCUCCCGCCCCCUUCCCCGCUCCCCUCCUCUCACGAUUAACAAUUUUUCGCACUGUAUUACAACACCGAACUCAUAUCCAACUCUAGUAGUCUUGAUUCAGGCGAAUGUGAAGAAAAAAAGACUGAUACCGAAGUUUCCGAAGUUGCCGCGGGUGAUUAUAACGAGUACCAAGACGCUAAAUAGCGAGUGUGUGUAAUCUCUCACAUAUGUCGCGGUCGUUAUGUGUCUUUCUUCGAUUGUUUUCUGCGUUAUCCCACGUUAUCUCUAUAAUAUUAGCCGUGUAUAGCUCUCUUUCGCGCGAGCGAGAAAGUAUAUACAUAUUUGUUACGGACUUAAAAUUGAUUAUAGGCGUAAAGAAGGAGAAGGAGGUAAAAGAAAAUGAGAGAGAAUUAUUGGAGCAUACGCGAGAUGUCGAGCGGGUUCCGGCAGGAAGCGGGUCUUCGAAGAAGGGAGGAAAUAUUGUGAGAGAAAGAGAGAGAGAGAGAAACUAAUCGUCGAUGCGGCGCGCACAUAUUAGUGCUUUUACUUACGGUACAAAGUUGAUCAGAGAGAGAAAGAGAGUGAGAGAGAGAGAGAGAGAAAGAAAGAAGAGUAAGCAUUUUUACUUAUCAUCGUUAGACUUUUAGAUAUGAUCACUCUAAAACGCACCUAUAUGACUUUCACGGCGAACGGACUCCAUGUAUCUCGCGUUAAGACGAGUUCGUACGGAUCAUCUCGCGCGACGCCCAUCCUCUUCGCGCGGUCCAGACCAAGCGCCAGCGAUUCAACCGCGAUUCGAUCGUUUAUAAGAGAACAAUAAAGUAGCGAGAGACGCGACGAGACGAUCGAGCGCGGAUAUAGAAUUACGCGGGCGGUACCGCUUGUGAAGGCUCCCGAUCCGUCAACGAGUUAGAAUGUCAUAAUCAUUGGAUCACAUCUACGAAUUAUAUUCUACGGGAAAGCCGUGAUGAUAUUCGUGUGAUAAUUAAAAGUCUGAAUUCGUUUGACUCGCGUUUCAAUGUGCGAUUAAAUGGUCGAUCCUCCAUUCCUAAUCUCAUAGAGCUCUAUAUAGCGAUGCGAUCUUGCAAUGUCCUGUCGAAUGUAAAUUGCUGUCUGUUAACGUUCCACACCCGACGGUUUCCUCUCGUUGUAAGUUUUAUCGGAAGGGGUAAUUCCUUCCCUUCUCUGCGCGACUCUGCGAUGACGGAUCGUCGGGCCUUAUCUCGGCGGUACCAGUCGGCGUACCUAGGAGUCUACGGAGUACUUCUCGGGAUCGUGCCUCACGCCUCUGUAUAUCUCAUUGUACAUUCUCAUCGUUACCGACUUUUAGCCUCUGAAUGGGACGAUCCGUGUAGCUCCCUUUUGAUAUCGUGGCGAUCGGUGUCGAGGACCGAAAUCGACUGGCGAGCGAGCGAGCGAGCGUGCGAGCGAGAGAGCGAGCGAGCGAGUUCUAGAAUGCUGAAAGGAACGCAGGUGCGCCCAACAAUCCUCCACAAUUUUCCGGACGUUUCUUUCGGUCUUCGUAGAUACCUCUUAGGCGUAAGGCACUGGGUUGAUUUUUCACCUACUAGGUGUCGAAUAGAAUAAAUAUAACGCCCGCCCUCCGCGCAGUCAUAUACACACACGACACAUACAUACACACACACACACAUAUACACCCCAGACCGACACGCGUUGAUACGAGUGUCCGUUUGACUGUCUCUGAGAGCGUUUCUCCGACAGUAAAGCGUUUCGCAAAUUGAUCCUUCAUUUUUCGAGCGCUGAAAAAUUGUGGGCUCGCGAAAGAUUAAACGCGAGCUAAAUUCGGCGAUUGGCAGUUUUAAACUCUCUGAGUGUGAUUUAUUUUUAGGAAUUUGUCGAGAUUGGAAAAAAUUAUCGAGCUUUCCGGUCUUAAACGGACACCGGCGAGAUCGACGACGAUGUCGUUCUGGGAACCGCGGACUUUCGUUUCCGCUAGGAAGGCUUCACAGACGGAGGGAGGAGAGCGCUAUAACGAAUCAAAGUGACUGACAGAGAGGGUCGAUGUAAGGAGGAGGGCUAUCCGAAGCUAUCCGGACGGUGUUAAUUAGUCGCCAAUUAUUGUCAUUCUUUCUCUCGUGUCGACAUUAAGGACGUAUGAAGCGGGAGCAGGAGGUAGCGCAAAUCGACUAUAUAAACACGUUUCAAUAUAAACGAAAAAAAAAAAA